ACAGGCGUCCUCUCCACAUCUAUUUCACCUUCAGUUGCAUCUAAUUCCACAAAAUAUGUAAAGCCAGAGCCAGUUUUUAUGUUCAAUGGCUAUUACCUAUUUCAAGGGAGCACCUCGGGCUAUGAUCUUCAGAGUUUAUCUCUGAUGAAUGAAUCACACAGUCCCAGACCACAUGUACAAUAUCAAUUAUUAAUGGCACAGUUUGUCCCAUAGCUUCUGAAUUGAAUGCUUUCAAACACCCUGUUUAUUCGCCCUGCGCUGAAACAAACUGUAACAUCAAAAGGUUCUGUCUUUGGCAGCUUGGGGCAGUACUAUGUAUGUCACGACUGAUGCCUGUUCCUGUUUUAUGUUGAAAGGACUUCCUGUUUCACCUCAGCUGUUUUUUGUCAUCCCGGUUUCACCACGCACACCUGUCAGUAAUCUGUAAUCACACCCAGUACUUAAGCACCACCUCAGCCAACAGUCAGACGCCAGAUUGUUGAGUUACCUGGACCACUUUCCAGCGUUUCUCGUAUAGCUAACCUGUUGCUCGAUCCUGUCAGAACGCGACCGCCGAUUCCUGCCAACACCCUGUCUGUACCUACGCCCGGAGAUCUUGGUAUCGUUCCCGAUUGUCUGACCAUUGAAUUUUGCCUAGCCCUUGCCUGUACCUUUGCCGAGUUUACCUGUGCACCGAACCUCUGCCUGUCUCAUGGACCCGAUCUUGCCUGUUUCUCAUCGUACCUUAAACCGAGAUAUCCUGUGUAUGACCCGGACUGCCUGACGACGUUGAUACAAUAAAAACUGCUUAAUUCAUCAUGCUCGCGAGUGCGCUGUGCUUUUGGGUCCUCAUCCGUGUGUUCUUGACAAUGUACAACGUGGACUUAGGGGUCAACAACAGAGCUGUUCUUAUUUAAGGUGAAUGUUGCUCUAAAUUAAUUGCUGUGACUGAUAACUAAAAUACAAUCAAUGCAAGGUCUAAUACUCUCUGCUUUGUAGUGUUUUUAGUGGGAGGGAAAUGAGGUGGAAGUGAUUCUCCUGCAAAACAAACAACACACAUCGUCCUGUCUCUGACCUUAAAGGGACUUAUUGGAACAAGCCCAGAACAAAGCUCAUUAUAUAUUCUAUUAUCAUAUCAUCAAUUUUACGUUUGGAGUAUGUGCGCAUUUGGAGUUUGCUCUCAUAUUACUGACAUUACGCUACAGUGUGUCCGAUUAACGCUGUUACCGUAAACAUCUCAUCAAUCGCGCACUUCGACGACCCAGUCGACCGCGGUGCACCGCGGAGCAGGAUGGUCACAACAGGGACGUAACCGAAACCAGACGUUUUAUUAGCACCAGGAAAAACACAGACGAGCGGAUUCUGCUUUUACAAUCGUUACAGAGCAACAGUGACGAGGCAACGGUAACUUAACUUAACUUGAGGUAACGUAACCUCAAACCUGUAACCUAAAACAAAUAGCAGGUGUAAAACUGGCAUUUUAUUCUAUUAUUAUUUCAUUUGUGUAGUUUUAAUUAACAUUUUUUAUCAGUUUUCUCGUGACAUUUUAAUUGUUCUCUUUGUGUUUUAAAUAUAGUUUAUUAUCUGAGAGUGAUUUGGUGCAAGAGUUUUACAGUAAUGUGGAUUACCAGAGACCUAUGUAUUUGGCUUCUGCUUCAGUACAGCUUUAAUUCAUCGUCCACAAUUUGGUGUUUGGGAACUGAAGCGAGUAAACUUUUAAUUGAGUCAUCAUGCAGCUUUGAGUUUUACCUUGAUUCAGAGAAGACUCUUGCAGUUCCUGGAGUGCAACACUGCACUUCAGGAACACUUUUCACACGCUGAGAGAUGACACCAACAAAGCCAACAACUUUGCUUCCCUUGCACAAUGGGAGCCCGCCUGAGGUCUUAGCGUUGUACGCGCUUCACCCAGGUACUGCAAACUCCAAUAGUCUCCACUUAGUGCAGGCUUUUUAUUGAAAUGUGACACGCCUUGAAGUUGUAUGAUAUGGGCGUAUGGUAUGGUUACAAUGAAUACAUGAAAAUCAUACUGCAGACAAGAAAAUUCCAUAUAAGGAUAAAAUACUUGAUUGGUUUGUACAAGCAUACUGUAGGCGUAAAGCAUCAUGAACUGUUUAACCCUAAGACUGCUGACCUUUUUCUGGCCCUUUAGUUAUUUGCAGAUUGAAUUUAUACAAGUAUCAGCAUAUUUGCCACCUUCAAAUGUAAAAGAUUUCUAUGGUAGGAGUUUUGUCAGGUAACACCCUCUUUUAUGGUAAGUCCAGUGUUCCAUGCAACACAGCGAUUGUUUGCCAAUAUGGGAUUGGUCUGUCUAAAUAAUACUGUUGUGCUAAGAGAUAAUUUAAGAUUAGAAAAAACCUUUAAUAGUCCCACAGUGGGAAAAUUACCUCACACAACAGCAGGUACAGAUUAGAGAGAAUAAAGUGACAGAACAGUUUAUGUUGGCACAGUACAAUGCAGUAUAUAGUAUGAGGUCACUGGGAGGGUUAUUGCACAGUAAUGAAUAUAAGUCUUGGACCGGUUUGCACUAAUGUUGCACAGCAAAUUUGUUGCACAUUGUGUAAAUAGUGCACAGAGUUUGCACAAAUAUUGUGCAGAGCAGAUUUCUAUACCACUGAUGCAGUGGGUGAGUGAAUGUAGUGGGACGUGGUUAACAGUUGUGGUUACACAGUCUGAUAGCAGCAGGUAGGAAAGAUACAGCAGCUACUCACAAUAUUCAUGAACUAAAUGUCUUCUCCUGACAUUUCAAUCUGCUCCUCAGAUUAUUUCACACUGGAUUCAUGAUUCUACUGAAUACUUCAGUUUGUUGUUACAGCCACUGCUGUAGCCUUUGCAAUGAAGUUGACCAUUGAUGACCCAACGAACUGCAUAGGGUUCGUCAUCGUGACUCUUAUAUAAUUCUCAAGACUCAACCACCUUUGGAGCAUCAGUUUCAAUGCACAAAUCCAAUUCGGAAUCAAUAUCAUGUAAGUUAACUUCCUUCAGAUAAGGUCAGUGUGGCAACAGACACACACAGGUGUUCUGAAAAAAAAAAGGUAUCAUCAUCAGCAUCAGUGACAUUGUUUUGUCUUUGCACAAUGGUGACAAUAUUAUUAGUUGUUUUCUAUCAGAAUGUGAUGAAUUUAUUUCCAAGAUUGCACUUGUUGCAGCCAACUCUGUUUCAAGACCCAGUUGUUUCUUUUUCUCUGUUUCUCUGUUGCACUUGACCUUCUAAUACAAAAUUUCUGGUCAACCCCCAUUGAAAAUUGGUGAAGUGUUUCUUUAACAUUACAUAAUCAAUUAUUAUUAAGUUCUCAGUUAUUUCAUGAGAUGUGUUGAUAAAAUGUGUUUUUGUUCAAUACAGUGUUUUGAGGAUGGGGAAAUAUAAAGCAAAAGCUUUGGUGCUGGCUGGAGUUUUUAGCCUGUUGAUCCUUCAUCUCUGCAAAGAUUUUAUUAAACCCAAAACAAUCCAACUUCCGGUAGAUGGGCAAGAGAAUGACAGAAAAAUAACGCAACUUUACAGAAAUGACUCCUAUGUGUCCUUGUGGCCAAAAUGUGAACAGAAUACUUCAGCUGCAAACAUCAUAGGCUUCAGCUCUCUUCCUGGUCAUAUACAAGACUUUCUCUACUACAGACACUGUCGCCAUUUCCCCAUGUUGCUGGAUGUUCCUGACAAAUGUGGAGGAGCUUCUCAGUCAGCAGAAGUCUUCCUUCUACUGGUCAUUAAAAGCUCCCCUGUGAACUACGACCGCAGAGAGGUGCUGCGUAAAACCUGGGCUGAGGAGAGAGAACAAAACGGUGUGUGGAUCCGAAGGCUCUUCAUCUCAGGAACCAUGGAUUCUGGUCAUGAGAAGAACCGACUGAACAAACUACUGGAACUGGAGCAUCGUGAGCACAAUGACAUCCUCCAGUGGGAUUUCAGUGACUCCUUCUUCAACCUGACCUUGAAGCAGAUCCUCUUCCUGGAAUGGAUGGAAAAAAACUGUCUAAAUGCACGUUUCCUGUUAAAUGGUGACGAUGACGUCUUCGCCAACACAGACAACAUGAUCCAGUAUCUUCAAGGUCUUGAAGACAAUAAUGGGAGCAAACACCUUUAUGCUGGCUUUGUGUUUGAGAAUACUGCACCUGUUAGAUAUACACUGAGCAAAUACUUUGUCCCAGUCCAGGUGCAAGAGUCAGAGUCAUACCCUCCUUACUGUGGUGGUGGAGGCUUUCUGCUGUCUGGCUAUUCAGCAUUGGUCAUAAACAAUAUGUCCCAGUCCAUUACUCUGUUUCCCAUUGAUGAUGUUUACAUGGGCAUGUGUCUGGCCAAAGCAGGACUUGUUCCUGUUUCCCAUAUGGGUGUGAAGACUAUAGGAUUGACUAUUCACUCUGGAAACAUAGAUGAACACGAUCCUUGUUAUUAUAAAGAGCUUCUACUGGUUCACAGAUUUAUCCCAGCUCACAUAUAUCUGAUGUGGCACAGAAUACAUGAUCCCAGUCUAGUAUGUGGUAUUCAAAAUGUCUAUCAAAACAAACCUUGAUGAAGCCUUUGGUCAUCAAAGUCACUGGAACCACCUAAAAACUAUGGUUGUAAUUAUAGACAAAAUAUUGUUUUGUAAUUGUAAAUGUAACCUUUUGUUUUAUAUUGAAUUUUGAUACGUUUAGCCCUACACGCUAUCGGUAAUUGUGUUAUAUUAUUGUUUAUUACUGAGGCUGUGUUUGAUGCAUAAAUGUUUGAUAAUAAGAGACAUUAUGUAGCACUCUAUUCCAGACUCUACUGACACCCAGGCCUACUUGAUGUUAGUCAUGUCUAUGUCAGUCAUAGUCACUGUAUAGUUAUGUCCAUCAAACCCCAAAGGAAUCCAAUGUGGUCCCAAGCUAGACCUGUAUUAGGGCGUAGUGGGGUUUGAAAGGCUCCACGCUUGAUCAAUAUAUUUGCUACAAAUUCCUGUAUAUUAGUUUUCUUUACAAACUACAUAUAUUUCAAUAUGAUAAAGUAUUGACUUGUGCAGUCAAAUUUUGCCUAACUGCUGUUUGUAUUCAAACAGAUGCAAACUAGUUCCGCUUACUGGGACGGAAGGACACGCACUCUCAUUUUAUUUUAUUUACUAAACAUCACACUAAACCGAAUUACUAAUUACAAGACAAAGCAAACAGAAAGUGACGUCAUGAACAAGAAAAAGCAAGAACAAAACAAAGACGUCACUAGAAAAAACAAGACAAGAGCGCCCCCACGAGGCAUGAAGGGCAAGUUGUAUUUAACAAACAAAACCAAAUAUUUUUGUUUUUUACAAAAAUAUACUUUAAUUUGAAUUUCAACAUUUUUUUAUUUAUUUUUGUCAGCUAUUUCUUGAUUUCAGUUGCUGUUAACAAAUGCUUUGGUUGUUGUUAUAUACAUAUACAUUUAUAUACAUUUACUCACUACCAUAUAAUUGUUUUUUCAUAACCUCAUAUAUUAUAAAAUAAAAAACUUACUUUUUCUUACUUACUUACUUUUAUAAAAAAUAAAAUCUUUAUAGUGAACGAUGCAGUGAAACAGUGAAAGGCAAUAGAAGUAUCAUAUAUGUAAAUGAUGAAAACCUGAUCAUAAAUAUGAUAACAAUAUGAAAAUUGUGGCAAGAGCUAGAAUGACACUGGAAAAUGUUGUCACUGUGUGAGCAGCUCAGCCCCUUAUUUCCUAUAGUCAAAUUUUCUCAGUGGGAUGAGCUGUCUGAGGGAGACAAAUCAUAAACAUAAUUAAUGAAAUUUUUUUUUAUACAACAGUGCCUUGUACAAACUCAAGUCAUGUGAAACCUUAUUGUAAAUGCUUGUAGUGAGUCACCAAAACCAAACCUCUUUUUUUGUCCAAACAUAACAUAACUUUCUCAUGAAAACCUACAGGAAACAGCCAGAAAGACCAUGACAGGUCAUCGCCAUAUCAGCUAAACAUUUACAGUUUUUAUUGGUCGCUUUGACCUGUUUAGUCUGUCUGUGUCGUUCUUCACUAGCAUGGAGGAGGAAGUCAAAAGCAGAGACUAAGUAUUGUGGAAAAUUUUGUGUUUGCAUGACAUGCUGUCAGAGUUUUUCCUGGGGGGGGUCAUUGAGCAUUUGGUUAUCGAGCAUUUGGUUAUCAGUGGGGGUUUCACAGGAACAUUGUUAAGGAAGUAAGGCACUCAUGUAUAUAUUAUAUAUAUAUUGGUAAUUUCCCCAUUGUGGGACAAUAAAGGUAUUCUAUUCUAUAUCAAGGACCAGGCAAUAGCUCAUGUGGGGGUUUGUAACAGGGUAUAAAUACAGGUCUUGUGUCCUCAGUCCUUCAGUGGAUACUUUGUACAUAGUAAGAUGUGUCUUGUGUCUUAAAUGUACUGUAACUGUGAUCCACUCUAUGUCGACACGAGAGUAAACUUUGAGAUGGUUUAUUACAAUGAUGAUCUCCAGUUGAUUUCUUUAUAAGAAGAUUUCCACAACAUUAUCAGUAGCAGCUGUGUCUUAUCCUCCAAUAGAUUUGACUGUAUUUUGGUUUACAUGUAUUUUCUGUAACAUUUACAACAUUUCAGUAUUCAGCUGCAGCUUGAAAAAUGAAUAUCAUUGAUUCCGUACUUUGCUGUCCACUGUGUUAUGACUGAUGGACGUGUUUAUGGGGUGCCAAAUGUAAAAGGAGCACCUAUAACUAGUUUUCUCACAUUUAACUAAAUGACACAACAUGUUUUCUCACAUUUAGUUAAAUGUGCAAAAGUCUAAAUGUAAAUGUUAAAUGUAAAUGUUAAA